UAGUACUCAAGAAAAAGAAAAAAAAAACACAGAGAAUACUUGCGAGCUCCGAUCUCUUCUUCUUCUUCGUGAGCUCUCACCAAACCAACCCCAACCACUGCCCUCCUCCUGCCGCGAUCCACUCCUGCUCUCCAGCUCAGGGAAUCCACCUCCACCCGCAGAGACCAACCAGCAGCUGUCCGUCCUCUGCGGCGGCGGCGGCGGCGGCGAGAUGGGGCAAGCUCUGCGGCGGCUCUUCGACGCCUUCUUCUCCACCAGGGAGAUGCGGGUUGUGAUGCUUGGUUUGGAUGCAGCUGGCAAGACAACAAUUUUGUAUAGGCUGCACAUGGGAGAAGUUCUUUCAACGGUUCCUACAGUAGGUUUUAACGUAGAGAAGGUUCAGUACAAGAAUGUGGUAUUUACUGUGUGGGAUGUUGGCGGACAAGAAAAGCUCAGGCCAUUAUGGAAGAUGUACCUCAGCAAUUCUGAUGCACUGAUCUACGUUGUUGAUUCAUUGGACAGAGAAAGGAUUAUAGACGCCAGACAAGAAUUUCAGACCAUUAUCAAGGACCCACUGAUGGCAAACAGCAUAAUCUUAGUAUUUGCAAACAAACAGGACCUGAGAGGUGCGAUGAGCCCAGAUGAGGUGAGCGAGGGGCUAGGCCUGCACGACCUCAGGAACAGGAUAUGGCAUAUACAAGGGACAUGCGCUCUCCGUGGUGAGGGACUCUACGAUGGACUUGAUUGGCUCGCAUCCACCCUGAAGCAAUUGCAAGAGACAGGCCAUGCAACUUCAGUCGCCGGCCCUUCCAUCUGAUUUCGCUAGAGAAGAGAUGCCAAUGCCUCAACUAGUCAACCAAUCUGAUGCUCCUGGGCAGUCAUCCUUCUGUUCAUCCAAUGAGAAUAUUGAGUUCCUUGGUGCAUGCGUGAUCUUCGCUAUCGGCUUUCUUGGUGUGGCUGCUCGCAGAGGAGGGCAUUCAAUCGCUGUGUUCAUAUGAGCAAACUCAUUUGACAGUAACUUGCGGCAUAAUUUUCUCCUAAAAUGUUUGUAAAGUGUUUGGACGUCUGUGUACUUUGUUGUAGUGAACAAGAGCUGAGUAGUUUGCACGGACCGUGCUUGUGUAUACUUGAUGGCACGUCCACAUGAUUGUUUGCUGAUUGCCUAUCAAUAAGACGGUUGGAUGAUGGAUGUUGUUUGGUGAUAUAUAAACUGGGCUUUGGCUGAA